UGUAAACCUGCGGAAGGGAAUGCGUGGAUAUUGAAAAUUCUCUAAAUAUUAUUUUUUCAUUUAAGUGAUAAUUUCACUUCCUCCAAAGACAAACUCAAAGGAAAAUAUGCCUGUUGUGCAAACAACAGCUUCUCCAUCAUGCAUGCUUUCCAUAUAGGUUAUGGACUUCUCUGUUUUCCUUUUUCAAGUCUUCUCCGUUCAAAGUGUGUCGUAUUCUGACUGCGAGCACGCGCGCCUGCCUGCCUGUCUUUCUGCGAAGACUGAAAAUAGACCGGCGACAAUGCAAGACUCCCUGCUUUGUAUGGUAAACAAACUCUAAAGUUCUCUUUAUGGCGUUUCAAAAUGACAUACUCUAACUUGAGGAACGAAAGCAACUAUGGGAUCUAUUUCACUGAAGCUUUCAACGGAUCUGUCUUGGACCAAACAUCUCCAAACGACAGUAUUACGACCUGCAGGAACUUCACAAUGGACCCUCAGGUUAUUGGAGUUGGGGUUUGUCUCUCUGUUUUUAUUUUGGUUGCAAUUGUUGGGAACAUUUUGGUUAUCCUGUCUGUUGUGUGCAAUAAACAUUUGCAGACUGUUACAAACUUCUUCAUUGUGAACUUAGCUAUGGCAGACCUGCUGUUGAGCAUUAUCGUACUGCCUUUCUCUGCCUCUUUAGAGGUGCUGGGAUGCUGGGUGUUUGGUCGGAUUUUCUGCAACAUCUGGGCAGCUGUGGAUGUGCUCUGCUGCACCGCAUCCAUCCUUAGCCUAUGUAUCAUCUCCGUGGACCGGUACAUAGGGGUCAAACACUGCCUGAAAUACCCCAGUAUUAUGACAGAGAAGAAAGCUGUAGCUAUUUUGAUCCUUGUUUGGGUGUUAUCCACGAUUAUUUCUGUCGGACCGCUCCUGGGAUGGAAGGAACCCCCUCCUGUGGACGAGAGCAUCUGCAGGAUCACAGAGGAGCCGGGCUAUGCGCUCUUCUCCUCCCUCUUCUCUUUUUACCUCCCGCUCAUGGUCAUACUUUUCAUGUACUUCAGGGUCUAUGUGGUGGCACGCAGGACUACUAAAAGUCUCGAAGCGGGCGUGAAACGGGAGAGAAAUAAGUCGAUGGAGGUGGUGCUCCGGAUUCACUGCCGCAGCGUGCUGGAGGACGCCAGCGCGAAAAGUAACAAAAACCACCCGUUUAGAAGUUCGCUCUCUGUGCGGCUGAUGAAGUUCUCCAAGGAGAAAAAGGCUGCUAAAACCCUCGCUAUCGUUGUGGGGAUGUUCAUCUUGUGUUGGCUGCCUUUUUUCUUCGUUCUACCUAUGGGUGCCUUCUUCCCAGCACUGAAACCAUCUGAAACUGUCUUCAAGGUAAUCUUCUGGCUGGGCUACUUCAACAGCUGCAUCAACCCCAUGAUCUACCCCUGCUCCAGCAAAGAGUUCCAGCGCGCUUUUACGCGGCUCCUCAAGUGCCAGUGCCACAAAAGACAGAGAGUCCUGCGUCGCUUCUAUGACCAGCGGUGGCGGACAGCUGUCAAGGGAAUGACAAAGGAUCAGAGGGGGGACUACAAGCCCAGCUACACAGUGCAUGAAUCCUUUGGCAGCUCUUUGUUUCACAAGAGGAAAGGACGUUCUCUGGGUUUCAAAAGAUGGAGCCUGUUUUCACCUCUGCAUAAGUCCUCCUUUCAGCUGAAAGAGAAAGUGAACAAUCUGUCAAAUAAAAUCAAAGGAGGUGCAGGAAAAAGCAGCACAUCUGCAGUAGGUCGGAUUGAUAUAGUAGAGACAGUCUCCAUGGGGAUUUACAACUCCUGUGAGCAGAGCGGUUAUCAGUUCUAUGAUCUGGCAGACUGCUAUGGCUUGAAAGAGACUGACAUUUAGAGGACCGCGAGACAACCUUUUAUUUAUUUUUAAUGGUCAUAUUGGAACACAAUGCAAGACUGACUGUGAUCGGACGGAAUUUUGUGUUCAUAAAAUAUCUGAGAAUCAAAGCUGGACAAGAGCAGCGGUCCAAGAAUUAUGGCUUGAUCCCAGUACAAACAAGACUAAAACUUGAUCCUUCAUACCCAUCCUGUUUAUUUAGAUCAAGCCUCUUGUGGCCUGCUUGAAGCCACAUUUUGGAUGUGGACACAAAAGUAGACAACUCCUUGGAUUACAUUUCAGUGCUGUCACUUGAUGGAUCCAUGAUUCAAAGCCCAUAACUAAUCCUUUUACAUUUGACAUAAACCAGUCACUAUGACUUUUAGAUUCAGCCAGGCGACGAGAAAUGACUUUGGCAUUGGAGACUUCCUUUAAAAGAAAACAAACAAACAAACAAACAAACAAACAAACAAACAAAGCUGUAAUGAAGGGAGCUAGGUGUUCCAAAGCCCAUAUUUAACAUUUCUAUUCUUGUGAGAUUUUUCAAUUUUGUGGAUUUGAUCAAAUACAACACCUGAGAAUGAGCUGUGACUUGUCCCUAUUUUGACAAGGCAUUGAAAAAGACGAGAGGCCAGCUAGGAAUAAAGAUGCUGCAAAUUAUUUAUUCAAACUGAUGAAUAUAACAGUAAACUUGGCACUGAUAUGUAUACUUGUAUGAAUAAAAGUCCAUGAGUCAACCUGGCCUAACUGUCUGUAUUUAUGCAUUGCUACCUGGGUACUGAUGUGAAAUGAACUUUCUUUUUUUUUUAUUUCU